CUAACACAAUUUGUCAUUCCACGUGGAAAAAGCAAGAAAUGCGUUAUGAGAGGGACGGAGGGAGGGUGUCAGAUAUAUAACCUCCACUUUGAUACCCCAACAAAACUUAGCACAAUAAAACCAGAAACAGAAAAAAAAUAAUUUCCAUCUUCAUCUCAAAUUAAAAUGGGUAUUGAUAAAAUCAUACUCUUAAUUUCUCUAAUUUCCAUCAGUUUAAUUAGCAGCAGUUUGGGUUUAGAUCCGGAAGUGUCUUUUAUUUUCGGGCACCACCAUCAUCACCGUCAUCACCAUGGCGAACAUUACGUAAAUGCUGAAGAAUAUGAAGAUGAGAUUGGAGUUUAUGAACUGAAGAAGGGUAACAUCUCUCUUACGCUCACUAAUUAUGGCGCUGCCCUUAUUUCUCUUCUUAUUCCUGAUAAACAUGGAAAGCUGGCUGAUGUAGUUCUCGGAUUUGACUCAGCAAAGGACUAUGUGAAUGAUUCAACAUACUUUGGUGCUAUUGUUGGGCGUGUGGCCAACAGAAUUGCUGGUGCACAGUUCACCUAUGAUGGAAUACACUACAAACUCCACGCAAAUGAGGGCAAAAACAUUCUUCAUGGUGGUCCGAAGGGAUUCAGUCGUGUUAUCUGGAAGGUGAAGAAUUACUACCCCAAAGCUUCGUCUCCAUCUAUUACAUUCACUUACUUCAGUUAUGAUGGAGAACAAGGAUUCCCCGGAAAUCUAAAGGUUAGAGUAACAUACAGAAUAGUACAAGGAAACCAUUUGUCGGUAGCAAUGAGAGCGAAGGCUAUAAAUAAGCCAACCCCAGUUAAUCUAGCCCAACACACAUACUGGAACCUUGGAGGUCACAAUAGUGGCAACAUCUUAGCUCACGAAGUUCAGAUCUUUGCCUCCCAAAUCACACCAGUUGAUGAUAGCCUCAUCCCGACAGGCAAGUUUGAGAAAGUAAAGGGAACGCCAUACGAUUUUCUCAAGCCCCGAACAGUAGGAAGCAGGAUCAAGGAUCUUCCAAAAGGGUAUGACAUAAAUUAUGUGCUCGAUGUUCAUAAGACGAAGACUACUGCUCUGACACCGGUUGCUGUUGUAAAAGAAACAAAAUCGGGGAGAAAGAUGGAAUUGUGGGCAAAUAAGCCAGGAGUCCAGUUUUAUACAAGCAACAUGCUUUAUAAUAUGAAAGGUAAAGGAGGUUAUGUGUAUGGACCUCAUGCUGCUCUAUGUUUGGAAACUCAGGGGUUCCCUGAUGCUGUAAAUCAUCCCAAUUUCCCAUCUGUGAUGGUUUCUCCUGGGGGAAGUUAUCGGCAUUUCAUGCUCUUCAAGUUUUCUACCACGAGCUAGUUAUUUUGUGGUGAUGAACGAAAGAAUUCGCGUAUUAGAGGUUGUCUUUUCUAAAAAAAUUGAUCUGGGUUGCUAAUUGUAUACUAUAGGCAAAUGCUUUUACUUGUUAUA